UCUCAGUUUUUUACCUGGGAGGCAGUGAUGCAAGUGUUUCUGGUGAGACCAAUCCUUGGCUUGGGGUGGGGAGGGACAGACUAACAGGCCACCAAGAGAGUCCUGGGGCAGACAGCAGAGCCACCAUUGCCAGAAGGGAACUUCAGACGACGGAUACAGACACCCAGGUGAGGAGCUUCAGCAAGAGGCUUGGAUUCAGUCACCAGGGACACCAGCGGCAAUGACCUGCCUACUUUGCAGAGCCCUGGGGCCUCUGGCCCUCCUGAUGGUGGUGCUGCUGGUGCACGGGGAACUGCAAAUACAGCUGGGAGGACAGCACAGAGAAGACGGAACAGCAGUGCAGCAGGUCAAAAGAAGGUACAAGCGUGAAUGGGUGAAAUUUGCAAAGCCCUGCAGAGAAAGAGAAGACAACUCAAGAAGAAACCCAAUUGCCAAGAUCACUUCAGAUUUCCAAAAAAACCAGAAAAUUACCUAUCGCAUUUCUGGAGUGGGAAUUGAUCAGCCCCCUUUUGGGAUCUUUGUUGUUGACCCCAACAGUGGUGAUAUCAACAUAACGGCCAUAGUUGAUCGCGAGGAAACCCCGAGCUUCCUGAUCACAUGUCGGGCUCUAAAUGCCCUGGGACAAGAUGUAGAGAGACCACUUAUAUUAACAGUGAAAAUUUUAGAUGUCAAUGACAACGCUCCAAUAUUUUCACAAACUAUAUUUAAAGGUGAAAUUGAAGAAAACAGUGCUUCAAAUUCGCUGGUUAUGAUCCUAAAUGCCACGGAUGCAGAUGAACCAAACCAUAUGAACUCCAAAAUUGCCUUCAAAAUUGUCUCCCAGGAGCCCGCAGGCAUGGCCAUGUUCCUCAUCAGCAGAAACACUGGAGAAGUCCGCACUUUGACCAGUUCUCUUGAUCGAGAGCAAAUUAGUAGCUACCACCUGGUUGUGAGUGGUACAGACAAUGAUGGGAUGGGACUGGCGACUCAGUGUGAAUGCAGUAUUAAAGUGACGGAUGUCAAUGACAACUUCCCAAUGCUCAAAGAGUCUCAGUAUUCAGCGCGUAUUGAGGAAAAUACUUUAAAUGCUGAGCUACUCCGAUUUCAAGUGGUAGACUGGGAUGAAGAAUACACAGAUAAUUGGUUGGCUGUGUAUUAUUUUACGUCUGGAAAUGAGGGGAAUUGGUUUGAAAUUGAAACAGAUCCCAGAACCAAUGAAGGCAUCCUGAAGGUGGUUAAGGCUCUGGAUUACGAACAAGUGCAAAACAUGCAAUUUAGUAUUGCAGUCCGAAACAAAGCUGCGUUCCACCAGUCGGUGAUCGCUCAGUACCGAGUGCAGCCAACUCCAGUCAUCAUUCAAAUCAUCAACGUCCCAGAAGGAAUUUCAUUCCGCCCUCCUUCCAAGACAUUUACUGUGCAAAAGGGAAUAAGCACUAACAAACUGGCUGGCUAUAUCCUGGGAACAUAUCAAGCUACCAACGAGGACACUGGUAAAGCUGCCUCAUCUGUCAGAUAUGUCCUGGGUCGUAAUGAUGGUGGUUUGCUUGUUAUUGAUUCAAAAACUGCUCAGAUCAAAUUUGUCAAAAACAUUGAACGAGAUUCUACUUUCAUAGUUAACAAGACAAUCUCAGCUGAAGUUCUGGCCAUAGAUGAAAACACUGGUAAGACCUCUACAGGCACGGUAUUCGUUGAAGUGCCCAGUUUUAAUGAAAACUGUCCAUCCGUUGUCCUCGAGAAGUCAGAGCUCUGCAGUUCCUCACCAUCUGUGACCCUUUCGGUGAAAACCAUGGAUCGGGCUAGGUACACUGGUCCCUACACAGUGUCUCUGGAGGAGCAGCCAAUGAAGCUGCCAGUCGUGUGGAACAUCAGAACAGUGAACGCUACUUCAGCACUUCUACAAGCCCAGCAGCAGGUGUCUCUAGGACUGCACAGCGUCCCAGUCAUCGUGAAGGACAGUCAGGGCAGGCAGUGUGAUACGCCAGAGAACUUGAUGCUGACAGUGUGUCAGUGUGAUGAGCGGAGCAUGUGCAGAGCCCCAACUCCAAGCAAGGGGCCUAUCACAUAUGGGGAGUCAUCCUGGACGCUCGGGCCUGCUGUCAUUGGCUUGAUCCUGCUAGGACUCCUGAUGCUGCUAUUGGCCCCUCUGCUGCUGCUGACCUGUGACUGUGGGGCAGGUCCCCUUGGAGGAGCAGCAACAGGUGGCUUUGUCCCAGUGCCCGAUGGCUCAGAAGGAACCAUUCAUCAGUGGGGAAUCGAAGGAGCCCAGCCUGAAGACAAGGAAAUAUCAAGUAUUUGUGUUCCUCCUGUCACAACCAAUGGAGCAGAUUUUAUGGAAAGUUCUGAAGUUUGUACAAAUACAUAUGCUGGAGGGACAGUGGUGGAAGGUGCUUCAGGAAUGGAGAUGACAGCCAAGAUGGGAGCAGCUGCUGGAUCCGGAGCUGCAGUGGCACUCGGCCCCUGUUCCCUGGGUCACUCAGGAACGAUGAGAACAAGGCACUCUACCGGAGGGACCUUGAAGGACUAUGUUGCUGCUCCGGUGAACAUGGCUUUCCUAGGGUCCUACUUUUCUCAGAAAGCACUCGCCUAUGCCGAGGAAGAUGAUGAGCAGGAGAUCAAUGAUUGUUUACUGAUCUAUGAUGACGAAGAUGAGGAUGCUGCCCCCUGCUCGCCUGCACUCAGCUCCUGCAGCUUUAUUGCCGAUGACCUAGAUGACAGCUUCUUGGACUCCCUUGGCCCCAAAUUUAAAAAGCUUGCACAGAUAUGUCUCGGUACUGAUGAGGAAGCCACGCCAGCAAAUCUGGGCCCUAAAGACAGUGGUCCUGGGGCUGACACCUGUGCUCGCUCCACGGAAGCCCCUCAGGCAGGUUCUGUCAGGUUCCAGACUUUGCCUGGCAGUCAAGAUACUUCCGUUUUGUCCACCUCUGGCUCUGUCCACCCUGCUAUUGCUAUCCCUGACCCUCUACAGCUUGGUAACUACUUGCUUACAGAAACUUAUUCUGGUUCAGGUUCCUUGGUACAGCCCACCACUGUGACCUUUGAUCCACGUCUCACCCAGAAUGUCACUGUAACAGAAAGGGUCAUUUGCCCCCUUCCAAGUGCCUCCGGCAGCAUAGUGGCUCCCACGGAGCUGCAAGGCUCAUACAGUAUGCUCUAUACAAAAGAAUCCUGUUCCCAUCUAUGACGGAAGCAAACUGGAAAAACAUGCCAGGCAGAUUUGUAUAUUUGUACCUAAAUAUCUUUUUUUUAAUCUAGCAAAGCUUGAGGUGUUGGACAAAUUGACUCCUAGUGGAUAAUCUCUGAUCAUGAUUAUAAUUCAAAUAUUCUGAUUCAUAUACCAAAGCUGGGUAUGUUCUCAUUUCUAACUCUCUGACUUUUUUCAAGCGGGAGUAAACCCUGUGGGUUUUCAAAAACCUGAUCUAAGAUAUUAGACAGGAAGAUUUCCUAAGCAU